UCAUUGUCUCCCGCGCAUUGAGAGGAUCUACCUGUACCCAUCUGGUCCUACCAGCAUACAUAAUAUCAAUCAAUAGUUAUUUAAUUCACAGGGUCGCAAGGUUGUAGCAGGCGGUGGGGAAGCGGAGUUUAAAACGUGAACAUACUUGGAUGGUGAAGUUGGUUCGACUUGGAGUUUGCUGCUCGCCAUCAUCAACACCCUCGACGCUUGCCAUUCCGACGUCUUAAGCGUACGGUCCUUACUUUCUUUUAAACACUCACAGUCACUUCAAGAAAUUACACUCCUUCCGACGUUAUUAUGGACCCAACUUUCGACGUCUCUGCCAAAGUCCAAGAAUCCAAUAUGGCAGCCAAACAGAGGUUUGAAUCAUUCAAGAUGGGCGGUGGUGCUCCAGCCAAUAGUUUAAACAAUUACAUUCCAAAGCAUUCACACGGACGAUCUCGCUCUCGCAACAGUUCAAUAUCUUCCCUUUCAACACUAUCUAUUUCUGCUUCUGCACCUUCAUUCCCCUCUCCAGUUGAUUUCACUUUCAAUAAUGUCCCUUCAAUCCCACCUCCUUCAAAGCGUCCUAAUUCCCAUCACAGACGCCGUUCUUCUGUUUCAACUCGCCGCGAGUCGGCCGAGCUUAUGGGCGUGUCUCUUCCUGACCUUCCCGCAGCUAAUUCAGAUGACAAUGUCAAUCUUGGCGACAAGGACUCUAUACGUCGCAGGGCUCUCUGGGCCCUUGAGGGAAAGCCUGACCUCGCUUUCUCCAAGGUCGAAAUUCCUGAUAUCACGUCUCCCAAUUUGACAAAGUCUUUUGAGUUCCCAACAAAGCCCUCUUUCCCUCCUGGUACUGGUAUCAGCGGGCAUGGUAUUAGUAACCUCAUGAGCAAGCGUGAUUCAUUCGGCAAAAUGUUUGCGUCCACUUCUACCUCCAAAGAUCAGCUUCAGACACUAGUUGAGGAGGAGGAAGAGGAAGAAGAGGAAUCUCAAGAAGACUGUCCUGCUCCAGUUGCCGAGGUUGUCGAGGAAUUUACGGAAGCUUCCGCUAUUCCACCUACUCCAGCCCCCACACCAGUGGCAAAGUCUGCUAUACGUCACCGUCCCGCCAGCCUCAACCUUAGGCCUCUCUCGCUUGUUUCUGGAAAUGCUGUCGGUUGCGCUCCCGGAAAUCUCCCCACGCCCACUCUUACGCCCAAUCCUCGCCCCAAUGGUCUGAGAUCUCUCGCCUUGACAUCCGGCUCUGACACCUUCUCGCUUACGAACCCCAAUCCCACGAACAGAAGCAUGAAUCGCCAUUCUACCACUGUCACACCGUCUUCCAGUGGUUCCUUCAGUCUCGCCUCACGUCGCUCUGCUUCAACCGAAAGUUCCUCAUCAUCUGACAUCAGCAGGAAACGCAGUAGCAUUUCGUACAAGCGGUCUGUUGCUUCUAUUCCUCGCGACAUGGGUGUUUUGCCCACGCCUGGCUCAACUCCCACCGACCGUCGUUUUUCGGAAUCAAGUGAUGUAGGAUGCGUCGCAGAACAGCCCCUUACCGCAGCCGAGCAACAUUUUUUAUUUAGAUCGCACAAUGUGCUCCUGGCUCGCAUAAUGGAUCUCGAGCGCACGCUACGUACGCGAUCGAUGUCCCGAUCGCGUCCCCUUUCCGCGGCUUCGGAUGUUUCUGCAACAUCUUCUGAACCAAGCGACGAGAUGCUGCAGCUUAUCUCGGAUUUGAAGGCUGAGCGUGAUGAGCUGAAGAGAGAUGUGGAUGGGUGGCGCAUGCGUGUGGCUGAUGCAGACAAACAAGCUAGCGUUCUAGCAAGGCGAGUUGAUUCUGAGAGAAGAGAAGCCUGGGUGGCUCGCUCGCGGCUUGGCCUGUUGGAAGUCGAGAAGCGUGGCUUGGACAAUGCCCUCGGUAGCAAGAAUGCCGAGCUCCAGCAAUCAAUAAGCCAGAGCGAGCAGUUGAAGAAAGAAUGUGAUAGCAUGAGGGGGGAGCUGGAUAGGUUGCGUGCUCGUCUUCGAGAUGCUGACAGCGCAGUCGACGAGUGCAUUCGCCUCCGUGCUGCACUCGAGCUAGAGCGUACCAGGCGCGCGGAGCUGGAGAAACUGCUCGACGACGCCGGAUUGCUUAAUACACCCACAAUUCCACUAUCUGUUGAUGGGCAGGUCCAAUGUUCAGUGCCUAGUCGGUCUUAUGGCACCCGUUCUCGUGGACUUGGCUUUCAGUCCAUCGACUCUGACAGCUCUUCAACCGAUGUGGAGUCUGUCGACCAAAGCUUUACCAAGGCUGAAUUCACCCUCGAUGCUGUCACAGAGGAAGAUGAGGACGAAGACGAGGAUACCUGUGACUUUUCUGAUGAUGAGGAUGGGAUGGCUGGUUACGAAGAUGCAGAAGACUCCGACCUCAGCUUCCAGAGCCCAGAUGGUUCAUCCAUUGGCUCCGAGGAUGAACUCGAUAUCAUGCCAGUCUCGGUCCUGAAUGAAGCUACAAACAGACUCAACUCGUUGUCCAAACCCGCUCAACCAAAGUCUUUGCAUUCUCCACGGGCUUCACUUUCCAAGACGUGGACCUUCCCCAGGGGCCAGCCUGUCAUUGCAGUCAAGCGUGAUGUUGACGAGAUUGACCGGUUCUUUGGAUGCCUCGAUGACGACGAAAAUUCACCCCCACUUAGUUCUGAGGAGAUGAGCAAAGUAAUUUUUACGUCGACGUUUGGUCUUUCCUACGAUGAUGAGGACGAGUUACCACCUUUUGUCAUCCCUUCAGACGUUGGCACUGUCGUCCUAGACCUUCCCACGUCGAACAGCCUUGAUGUUGUGCCAGAAGAAGACGAAGAGGAUGCAGGCAAAGCUGAUAACGAGCAUGACGGCGAACCACUUGGUGAGGAAGUCGAGGGCGGGAUCCGUUUCACAUUCGACCCUCCGCCGGCUGUCUAUAGUCCUCCACCUAUCAUCUGCAUCACACCUCCGACUGAGUCUGAGGCAGCUAUUGCGCUAAAACCUACCCCUGUCUAUGAGCCUUUUGAUGAUGAGGAAGAUGAUGUUUCUCCCUUCACUUUCCCCCAGUCUAGGUUUCAAGAGCCGAUCACCCCGCCCUCCUCUUCGCCACCGACUUCGGAGAGCAGCAGCCGUCCAUCAAGUAGGACUACCAACUCACCGUCAUCAAUUCCUCGUGCAACUUCAUUGCGUUCCUUCAUGCCGCUCACACCACCAUCUUCAGCUACACAGCCUGGACGCGCGUCCGAUCGUUUUACUGCACUGGCAGACUACCCGGCGACGUCAUUUACUACCCCUCCGUCAAGGCGCGGCGGGACUACCUUCAUUCCUCAACCGGUCUCACCAUCACCAUCCAAGAUAUUCUCUCCUAUGACAUCCCGCGUUCCUGUUCCGGUGUUGCGCUCCAAGGGUGCCACAAAUGCCAACGAUGCGACUCUCAGAUGCUACGGCGCCUCUGAGGAGGUAACAGGAGCAAACUCCGAUACUUGUGAAUACUCCGACCAACAAGCCUCAACUUCAUCUUUAUCGUCCAUUAUGUCUUCACCGCUUGCGGCACGAUUUUCAUUCCAGACAUUGUCAAACUUUAUUCCCCUAUCGUGGACGCCGGGUGCAGCUGCGGUUGCGUCGCGCACUACGCCUAGCACCUCAGUUAGCUCGAUUGAUGAUGUUGCACAGGCAGCAUCGUCAUUCACUAGUGCUUCGCAUGGUGUACGACGCUCGAUUGAAAGGAGAUUUGUUUCGAGGGAUCAGCAGUUGGAGAAGCUGAAGAACCGAUUGGGCAAUAACCAUAUUAAUGGCAUAGGACGCUGUCUUGCGGUCGCUCCUUGCGGUGCUUGCAAGGGCGCCGACGUUUUUUUGUGAAGCACCUUGCCAGUAUGUUCCCUGACCCACUGGGUCUGUAUGCUCGCCCUAGUCGUAUGCCUUCUCCUUCUCUAUGACCCCCCUACAUCUCCGAUUGACGUGUCACAUACUCUCACAUCCCCCUCACUUUUUCUUUGUCGUGUUAUGACUGCCCGUGAGGGGAAAGUCAUGUUAUCAUGUCCCAAUACUGUUGUCUUUGUAUUAUAUUAUUAUUUGCCUUCUAAGAACACUUCGAGGACAAUCUUCGUUCAUGCUCAUAUUUUUAUUUGUCACGUCUAUGCAUUCUUGGGUCUCAUCGAACGAUAUCGAUAUGUCAGGGUUAUUUGCAAGCUUGAGUCGGUAGGUCCC